UAAUUCUAACCAUCUGAUCUUCCCUCAAUGGCAAUUCGAUGCUUCUUCUUCUUCUUCUUCUUUUGCUGGUUACUGCUCAUGUUGCAUCUUGAUUCGACCCUGGCCUCCGACUCCCCGGCCAACUCACCAGCCUCAAUGGUGGUGGAGGUGGAGAGGAGCACGGUGACACCAGAACCAAGAUCAAGAAAACUAAGAGGGGCCGCAGUGAGGACUGCAGCUGCAGUUGGCAUGCGAAGCUCAAGUGCCGGCGGUCGUCGCGCCGGCGUGGCGAAUUCAGGCGGCCUUAGCUACUUCAGGAUUAAUAUGGGGCCUCCAAUCUUAGCGAUCAGCUUGCUGGCUUCCCUGAUCCUGCUGUAAAACUGCUCCUGCUGUUAUACUUCCAUUCUUUUAACUUAAUUCUUUUUGUCUUUCACCUUCUCGAUCGAGAAAGGAAGAAGAACAAUGAACCACUUUAAUUCUCAAAGUCAUGUUUC